AUGCCGGAAUAUGGAUCGUCUCGUUCACACCUUCUCAUCUCCGCCACCAUGUUACGGGCACAACUAAGACAUUAUGCUCGGCGGAAUCUUCAUGCCAACGCCCUCAAAGACAUACAGAGCAAGUACGUGCUUGGAGCGGACAUUCUGGGCUACAAAGUGGAACAAGUUGAGCCAAUUCUGGAAUUUUCACUCGUAGCCGUCAAGUUAAAACACGGCAAAACUGGUCUGGAACACCUCCAUUUGGAUGCUUCUCAUGACAAUAACAAUGUUUUCCUGAUUGCUUUCAAGACAAAUCCUCCAGACAACACAGGUGUACCUCAUAUCUUGGAACAUACCACCUUGUGUGGAUCGGAAAAGUACCCUGUUCGGGAUCCAUUUUUCAAGAUGUUAAACCGCUCUUUGAGUAACUUUAUGAAUGCUAUGACUGGCCAUGACUACACAUACUACCCGUUUGCUACGACAAAUAGCAAAGAUUUUGACAACUUGAUGGACGUCUACUUGUCCUCGGUGUUGGAGCCCAAGUUGGCAAUUCAAGAUUUCAUGCAAGAAGGUUGGAGACUCGAGAAUGAAGUCACCACCGACUCUAAAUCACCAAUAAUAUUCAAGGGUGUGGUGUUCAACGAAAUGAAGGGGCCAGUACUCCAACUCGGGCUACUACUUUUGGAUCAAAUUUCAGGAAGCUAUUUAUGCUUCGCUCAACAAUUCUGGCGGAGAUCCUUCUAA